UUGCUUUCAGACCAAAGUAGCUGCUCAUCGAUAUUUGUUGUCAAUGUCGUCUGCUGUUCUACGCAGGCAAGUUAAGCCAUGGCUUUGGUAAAGCAAAGUUGUAUUAUAGCUGGUCGGUUCGGUAACAGCCGCCUUUGGUUGACACCCAGAUGCAACCCCUAUAUAUAUGCCAGUGGACUCAAAACAGUGGUCAAACCCUUGCCGACAAGGAAUGACAGAAAAACUGAGUUGCUAAAUGACGAUGGCCCUGAUCUGCAAGACUUCCUUUCUGGGGAACUCGCUGAGAAGAGCAACUGGGAAGAGUACAAGGGAAACCUGAAGAGGCAGAAGGGAGAGAGGCUGCGGCUUCCUCCAUGGCUCAAGACAGAGAUCCCUAUUGGGAAGAACUUCAAUAAACUGAAGAAUACAUUGAGAGAUCUCAAUCUGCACACAGUGUGUGAGGAGGCCAAGUGUCCCAACAUAGGGGAGUGCUGGGGUGGAGGGGAGUCGGGCACAGCCACAGCCACCAUUAUGCUGAUGGGCGACACGUGUACGCGUGGGUGCAGGUUCUGCUCUGUGAAGACAGCCCGCCUGCCUCCGCCCCUGGACCCAGAUGAGCCCUACAACACAGCCAAGGCCAUAGCGGCCUGGGGGCUGGACUACGUGGUCCUCACCUCCGUAGACAGAGACGAUAUCGCCGAUGGCGGGUCGGAGCACAUUGCUAAGACGGUGGCUAACCUGAAGGAAAGGAACCCUCGGAUCCUGGUGGAAUGCCUCACCCCGGAUUUCCGCGGCGACCUGGCGGCCGUGGAGAAGAUCGCCCUCUCGGGUCUGGACGUGUACGCCCACAACGUGGAGACGGUGCGGGAGCUGCAGAGGCACGUCCGCGACCCCAGGGCCAACAUCGACCAGUCCCUGAGCGUUCUGAGGCACGCCAAGAAGGUCAACCCGCACAUCCUCACCAAGACCUCCAUCAUGCUGGGCCUCGGGGAGACGGAGAAGCAGAUAGAAAGCACCCUGGCAGAGCUACGGGAGUCGGGGGUGGACUGUCUGACCCUGGGCCAGUACAUGCAGCCCACCAAGCGCCACCUCAAGGUGGAGGAAUACGUGACACCUGAAAGUUUCGCCCAUUGGGAGACAGUGGGGAAGGACAUGGGCUUUGUGUACACGGCCAGCGGGCCUCUGGUGCGCUCCUCUUACAGAGCAGGAGAGUUCUUCCUGAAGAAUCUGGUGGAGAAGAGGAAAGCAGAAGGGCGCGCUCUCGCCGAGUAACAAGAACCACCCAGGGCCGGGGAUGGUGCCCUUUGACCCCUCUUCUUACCCUCACUAGCUCCUCUGUGAUUAGCUGCUUUUUACCAUGUGUAACAAACACCAACGUUUUUUUUUAAAUAAAGCCUAGCCACAGCAAAGAUACUUUAUUUUAUUAUAAGAAUUCCAACAUUUUUAAACUCACUGGGGGUCUGGUGGCGAUUCUUUUUAGAUUUUGCGUCCAGGACAGAUGACUCCUCGAUGCAAAGAAAGCGCACAAUACUUCUAUAAAAUAAGCUAUUUAACGUGUGCGUACACCAGUCUAUCUUUACUCACAGAGUGAGCCGGGAUGGUUUCACAGAGCCUUUUAACACCAGUAUUACGCCGUAGGAGUGAGAUGUUUCCCUAAAGCCGAGAGGCCCCUGCGUCGCUGCCAAUACACACAAGCUGUUUGUUUAUGGAGAUGUAGCCCCCCCCCCCCCCCCCUUUGUUAAGUUCAGUCCAGGUUACGUGGUAAGACAUGCAGUGGGGCCAAAUGACACAACACGAGGAAGCAAACAUACAAAUAGAGGGAUAAACCUACAACAUAUCGAUUUUUCACUACCCGGGCCUCCCAAUAUUAUAAUAGGGGGGGUGGGAUGGAAUCCACUGAUGAAUCUGGUCAGUGUCUUAUUGGGGCUGUGUACCCUGUAACCAUUCCCAGGUCAGAGGUCAAACAAACUCAGGCCUCAGGAUGCUCUCUUCCAGAUCAUUCUCUGGACCUCGCCCUCUCUUCAGGGCACUAUUGACCCCCAGGAAGAGAGAACCGUUGAUGUUUAUCCGGAAGAUGUAAUCAAAAUGAAAGUUCUAGGGACUCAUCCAAUUAAAAAGAACAAACACUCAGAAGAUAUAUUACUAGUGACUGAACCUUGUGUAAUAACUUAUUGUGCAAUAAAAGGAUUCAAACGUU